AAGCCAGCGCCUCCCAGGCAAAGCGCGUCCGGGAGUUGACGAAAAGUUUGGGCUUGAGAUCCCGGCCACGAAGAGGCCGGUGCACUUUCGACCCCGUCGGUUUCCAAGGCUUGCCUCCCGCAGGCCCGUCUCUAUGGCAACCGGACGCGGUUGGAUUCUGAGGCAGCACAGCUUAGGCUUCCUGCGCUCGUCGGUUGCCGCCGAGGCUCGGCGGGGAAUUGGCGCCUCACCGCCGCCUCUCUUUAUCCUGCCCGCCGGAGAUAGUUCCAUGGCGGUCACUUCUUCAGCGGGAGACGGUGCUGAGUCAGAAUACUCAUCAAUAAUGCAGCUUUCGAAAAUGAAAGAGAUAUGCAGUUGGCAAUUUAGAAAGCCAAAUAAAUCAAAAUCUGUAAUACAUUUUGAUAGCAUACCGUCAGAAAUACUUCUGAAAAUAUUAUCCUACUUAGAUGUUGCAUCUCUACUGUGUAUUGGCUGUGUGAGCAAGCUUUUUUAUGAUCUAUCCAAUGACAAUGUUAUCUGGUUCAAAAUAUACUCUAAGUCUUUUCUACCUAAAAGAAAAGUAUGGAGAACUAAAUCUGACCAGGAAAAAGACUGCACAUCUCUGAGCUUUCCGGAAUUGCAAGAUGCCAAGUCAAGAUGCUGGAAAAGAGAGUACUUUAUGAAAAAAAUAGCUGCUCAAAGAUCCAGUGUAAUUCAGCUUCUUAAGCCAAUUAACACUUACACUGGUCUUCCACUUAAAACCAAAGAAGCUAUCAAAAUCUCUGCUCUGAGAUGGGUAAUCUUAUUAAAGGAUCAAAAUGGAAAGGAACAUGAAAUGGAUCAGGCUGACAUUUCUUUUAAUGAAACGUCUGUUACUGUAUAUUGGUAUAAUAAAAAAUGGCCUCCCUUAGAUACCUUGUCAACUUUGCAGUUAUUUGGAGUGACCCCAGUACUUUUGGGUGAGGAUAAAGUACAUAAUAAUAAUGGCCCAUGGCAACGUUCUUUAGUUUCUGAAUACAAGGUGGCUAACAUGACUGAAAAUGCAAAAAUGAUUGGUUGUGAUGCACUUGUUGAACUCUACCAUUUUGACCAAGGGUUCAUGCUGGGUCUUUGGAAGAAAGGUGAGAUUGCUUUUGUUAUGGCAAGUCUUCAUUACCACCAGCUCAUUGAAAGAAGCACUUUUGGUUCUGCUACAAUGAGACAUUAUGAAGCCCCUAUUAAGGCUAUUCCAGAUGAUAUUGAUCCUGAGUAUGGCCUGCAUGGCUAUCAGCUGCAUAUUGACUUACAGAGUAGAGGAAAUAAUUAUAUAUGUAGUACAUUUCGCAGUUUGUUUUGUAAAAAAGAAUAUAUUAGAAAUGGAUAUCUCAGGCUUACAGUAAUCAGUUACAAAAAGGAAGCUCAACAUCUUCCUCUUGAUGGAAACAUUGGAUUGUUUUGGAGGACAGAUGCAUUUGAAGGCAUUAUCAAGAAUUGUUUCAUUAUGGAUCUGACUCUUCUGGAUGAUUCACAAAAAACAUUUUGGUGCAUUAGUGUUCCAGUGGACAUGAAAUUAUCAGUCAAAAAAUAUACUCUCUAUCAGUUUCUGGGACCUUGUUAUUGUAUGAAUUAUAAGGAUUCAACUGGAAAAGUGUACAUGGAAUUAAUAUGGAUGGAAGAAACAAAUGAGUACCUUAUAGUCAAUCUAGUCAUUUAUUUGAGCACCCAGAAAGUUAAUAGUCGUUUUGGCACAAAUUACUGAAUUUUUUUUUUAGCAGUACUGAUUUUCUUAAGAAUAAUUCUUUUUUUAAUUAUUUUUCUCCCUAAAAUAUGUGUUAUAAAUGCCCAUUGUAAAAAAAUUGGUUUUCUUCAUUGUGUUUGACUAAAAAGAAAAGCUUUUAUUUUGGGGAUAGUCUUAUAGUUUGAUUAUUUAUAGUUGUAAAAUAAAUGGUGCUCUCUCUUUGAGUUAUUGUUUGAAAAAAUUCCACAUUGCAUUAAAAACAUUACACACGUGUUAGGGAAAAUUUCUAGAUUUUGAAGCCAUAUGAGGGAAAUUAAUAUGACUGUGUUUAAACAAACCAAGUAUUCUGGUAUGUAUGCCUGUAUAUACUGAUUUAUUCAUUUAGAGUUUAAAAUUAAUUGCUGGAUAAAAUAGCUAAUACCAAUUGUUCUAUUUGUCCUUAUAGCACACAAUUUAAGAAAUGGUUCCCUAUGAAAAUUUUAUUUGGAAAAUAAUACCUAUAGAAGGUUAUGAAGCAAAAUAUAAUAAACUUUGAAUGCUAUAUUAUGUAUAGAGGGAGUAUGUUUAUAUAUAAAUCUCUCUUCUAUGACAUUUAUUUGUUAGAUUUAUAGCUUUUGUUUUGUAUUGGAGUUCAGCUCUUUGUGUAUUGUGUGAUAAUAGGUUUGAUGGAAGCAGACGUUGAAACCAUAGGGAAUCUCAUUCUAUGUUAUAUUCCACAUAAAGAAGUGAGAUAUGCUGUAUAACAGUGUGGAGAAGGAAAAGCUGGCUUCCAAUAAGCAAAGUGGGAGAAUGCACUUAAUGACUGAAAGAUUCAAUUAACAAUUAACAACCAUGGCAAAAAAGGUUUUAAAAUCAUGUGGGACUCAUUUAACAACCAUCAUGCUUAGCAAUGGAAAUUCUGGUCCCAGUUGUCAUAAAGUCAGGGACUACAUGUAUUAUAUAAAAGUCAAUUUGUUCCUUAUUUCUCCGUUUACCAAGUUUCUAUGUUAUCUUCUAUCUUCCCCCCAUUCCAUUAUGUUAACUUACAGACUUAAAAAAAACUAAACUAAAAAGAUAACUUCAACACCAAAAAGAUACAGCACACACCAUUUCCUUUUCCUGUUUGUCUUUAUCAUGACAACCUUAUGAAGUAGGUUGUGCUGAGAGAGAAAGUUCAAAAUCAUUAGGACGUUUUUGUGGCUGAAGCUAAACAAGGUCCUGGGUCUUUGUAUGGUUAGUUCAACCCUUUAAACUUUGAUUUAUGAAAAUAGAAAUGUUCAAAGCUACUGCUUUUGGGAAUCCCAACAGAGCAGUUGUUUUCACUGUAAUUCCCUGUCGAAAGAGAAAGGAUGAUCUUGCUUAGGGCGGAGAAGUAUACCUUAGGCUUUAAUUGUUA